UGUUAGCACUCCAUCUUGUGGACAUACGUGUGUAGUGUAUGGCGUAUUCUAUUCACGAAAGGCAAAACAACACGCUGAAAAGUCCCAUAUAACAAAAUGUAUUUUGCUUAAACGCCACCAAAAUGUGAUGUAUCAAAGCCGCAACUCACAUUCGCUGACAUCACCCAGAACCGUCAUCAGAUACAGGUUCAGAGGCAUUCCUCUAACCAAGCGGCCUAAAACGGUGGUCUGUAUUCGGAAUCUUAAAGGGGGUGUGGGAGUGGAAACGCUGCAUGCCAAGUGGCCACUGGACGGCAAAGAGACUACCUACGAGAGACAUCUUUAUUCUGCUGAGGUGAAGAUUGGUGAGGACAAAAUGUGGAGGUCACUGUCAUCAUUGAUCAUAACGGCUGUGAUUCUUCCUGGUUCCUCUGCCAUACGCAUGGGUUUGUCCUGUGGUCCUGCUGAGUAUGAAGUAAAUCAGGAGUGUUGUCCUACAUGUGCCCCUGGAUAUUCUGUGCGUAAAGACUGUACAGAAUAUACCAGUACAUCAUGUGCUCCGUGCCCCCCAUCUACCUACACUGAUGCUCACAGUGGACUGGGCUCAUGCAUGUUGUGUACAGUUUGUGACUCCAAGGCAGGUCUAAGAGUGAAGAGGGCGUGCAGCUCCACCUCAGACUUACUCUGUGAGCCUCUGGAAGGUCACUACUGUACUGACCAAAUCAAAGAUGGCUGCCGAGGAGCUGUGGAACACACAAAGUGCUCACCAGGGCAGUACAUCAAACAACCAGGUUCAACAUCUUCAGACACUGUGUGUGACAACUGUGGUAAUAGCACAUAUUCAAAUGGAUCAUCGUCAUCCUGUAUACCGCACACACAGUGUCAACCAGGAUAUGAAAUUACAAAAGAAGGAACACUGUCAUCUGAUACUGAGUGUGAAAAAAACAUAUUCAUAACUCAUGUUAUUGUCCUUGUGGUCAUACUGAUAUCUGUUGCAAUAGCAGUAUUUUGCUGGUGGCGAAACCGCAGGAAAAACUGUUUCUCUCAAGGUCACGACGAGAGGACAAGUUCCAGUGAUUAUGCAGUCAGAUUUAGGCCGAUUGCCGAUUAAUCAGACAUCACCUCAGGAAGCUUAGGAGACUCGAACCAUCCAGAAAUGCUGCAUGAGCCACUUACAGAGGAAGAGG